AUGUCGGCUGCCACGUCUCUGAGCCAGGCCGCUCUGGCAGCCACGGUGCUCGCCUCCACCGUGGGGACCUACGUCGCACUCUCUCCCCCGCACGUCGGCAAGGCGUCACCGCCGACAACAACUGGCGAUGCUCUCCAGCGGCUGCAUCUGGCCUCUCAGAACACCACCAACGCCGUCGUUGCCCCGCUGGGCCUGCUUUCCCUGCACACGGCCGGCUUGGCCCUUUGCUACCCGGCCGUGCUGCGGCAUCCUGGCGGCCGGCUUGCUUCUGUUGCAUCCGGAUGCAUCACCUGGUCGCCUGCCACGACUCUCUCGCUGGCCCUCAUCCUCUGUCUGGGCAUCCCGCUGCGUCUCUGCAGCUAUGCCUCGCUUGGCACCAGCUUUACUUUUGUCCUCGCGCAGCCGGACCGUCUGAUCACCACCGGCCUCUACCGCUACCUGCAGCAUCCCAGUUAUGUCGGCGUCCAGGUCCUCCUCGUCGGCAACGCCGCCCUUCUCUGCCGUACCGACGGCGUGCUCGCCUGCUGGAUCCCCCCGGCCUGGCAUCGCUCCGCCACCACGCUCGCCUGGACCCUGGCCACCGUCGCCGUCUCAGCCCUCGCCUGGGCCGGCCGCCUGCGGGUCCGGCAGGAAGAGCAGAUGCUGCGAGCCAAGUUCAGCGCCGACUGGGAAAAGUGGCAUGCUGCCACGGCACGCUUCAUACCAUUCCUCAUUUAG